AUGGGCCCACCUCGCCGCCGCUUCCUCCUCCUCCUGUUGCUGUGGCUCUCCGGCGAUGGCGCGGUGGCGCAGCCCGGCCCCAUGGACACGUCGGGGAGCUCACAGCUGUACAAGCCGAGCUUGCCCAUCGUGAUCGGCAUCUUCUCUAUCGUCUUCACCAUCACCGUUCUCAUCUUCCUCUGCGCCAAGUUCUGCCAGGCCCGGCGUGCCGCGUUCAUGCUGGACCGGUGGCCGGAGGGUGGCGGCAGGAGCCGGCUCUCGGAGGGCUUCGUGGCCGAGGAGGAGCCUCGUUUAUCCGGCGCCGACAAGGCCCUGAUAGAGAUGCUCCCCUUCUUCAGAUUCUCCGCUCUCAAGGGCUCCAGAGAGGGCCUGGAGUGCGCCGUCUGCCUGUCCAGGUUUGAAGACACAGAGACCCUCCGUUUGCUUCCCAAGUGCAAGCACGCCUUCCACAUCGGCUGCAUCGACCGGUGGCUGGAGGGCCAUUCCAGCUGCCCCCUCUGCCGGCAGCGGGUCACCUUCGAGGACGUCACCAUGUUUAGGUACACAGGGAGCUCGAGGUUCCUCUUCCGCAGCUCCUCCUCGGCUGGCGGCGCCGCCGCCGCCGCUCCUGCGGGGGACGCGGGGCUGGACUUGUUCGUGGAGAGGGAACCCGGCGGCGAGAUGGGCUCUGGGAAGAAGGAGAGGAGUGAGGAAACCCUAGCGCUGGCGGCGGAGGCUGAGAGAGACGGCGGCGAUGCUCACGAGGUGCUCCACAAGUUCAAGCACCGGAUUAUCGUCUCCGACGUGGUGUUCAAGAACCGGUGGAGCGAUCUCAACUCUGCCGACCUGGUUUCCCUCAACUCAGAGAUGCUCAACGGGAUCUCCAGCAGGCGGUUCUCCAUGGAGAGGAGGGCCUCCUUCGGGCCACAGAGGGGGCUUCCCAUGGCGGAGACGGCCCACCAGAAGAUCAAGGAGGAGAUGGAGAAGAAGAUCUUGCUGGACAGGAAGGCCGGCAUGAUGAACCUCCGCCUAUCGGCCGCUGACGGCGUCCCUUCGAGCUCCAACAAUUCGGGAGGAGGAUUGUCUGGUUCUUCGACCUUGCCCAAGUCCUUGAUUCCAUCUGGGAACAACCGGGCCAUGUCGGAGAUCGUCCACGUCUCGAGGUUCAGCGACGCAGCGGGGAGGAGCAGAGCCGCCGGCAGAGAGGGAGGCGCCGGCAACGUGAAGGACGAUACGGCUAGGGCGAUCUGGCUGCCCAUCGCCAAGAGAACCGUGCAGUGGUUCGCCAGGAGAGAGAAGAAGAGGUCGGAAAACCAGGAGACGAGGGGAGCCGAUUUGAAUGUGUGA